AUGUCAAAUAUAGAGUUAAGCUCUAGUGGUGGGUCAAUACAAACACUCUCUAGAGUUAAUUCGCCUUCUUUACUAGCAACAGUUAAUUCUGGUAUCAAUGGCUCGAUAAAUAAUAAUAAUAACAACAAUAAUAAUAAUAAUAACAAUAAUAUAAAAUCAUAUAAAUUAGAAGAGCAAUAUGUUCAGGAAUUAUUUUCAAAAAUCAAAAAUAAAAGACAACCAGAUUUAGCAGAUUUAACAAUUCUAUUUGAUAAGCCAUACUAUUGGAAUGUUUUAAUUGAAAUUUUACAAUUUUUAUUUAAAAAAAGACAAGGUCCAGAUAUGUAUUUUAAUUUUAGUAAUUCAAGUGCUGGGUUAAUGAUACCAGAUAAAGAGCCAUUUGAUGGUGGAUAUAGUUUUAGUUUUUGGAUCAAUACAGAUGAUUUUACAGCACUCAAAUAUAGACCAGGGUUAUUUAGCUUUUUUUCAGAUGACAAUAUAGGUGUAGAGAUAUCAUUUCAAAAUCAAUCAUUAAUAUUUCAAAUUAGAACCAAAAAUAAACAACCUAGUAUUGGCUCGUUAUACAAGUUCAGACCUGGUAGAUGGUAUCAUGUAAUUAUAGCUCACGAAUAUUUCUUAUUAAGAAAGUCAGUAUUAUCAUUAUAUGUCGAUGGUAAAUUAGAAGAAAAGCUACCACUACUUUAUCCUAAAUCUGAUAAGCCAUUCACUCGUUGUCAUAUUGGUAAUUCUAUCUCAUUACAUAGUGGUUUUUUAGGUCGAAUUGGUAAUAUAUUAAUGGUUAGAGAGUCACUGUUACCAUCAGAGGCUGCUCAUCUUUAUACUUUGGAUAAAAACUCAACAAUACUUAAAGAGAAAAUUCCAAAAGAAGGGACUACUGGUGUUUUUGAUGGGGAGUUAUUUUUAGAAACUGGUCGUAGAAACAUUCCAGUAAUAUUUUAUUAUCAUCCAAGAGCUACCGAUAAAGCUUUGUGUUUCGAAAUUUCAUCUGGGGAACUUAAAAAUGCAGCAACUAUAAUGGAUGGUGUUAAUAUUAUUCGUACUAUUUCACCUCUAGAUCAAUUAUAUUUAAUUGGGGGUUUAAGAAUGGUGUAUCCUUUAUUUUCGCAGUUGGGUCAGAAUAUCAGCGGAAUGGAUAUUGAAUUACAAGAUAUUGGUGAGCAUACACCAUUAUCAUUGGCAGAGAUUAAUUUUGUAUCAAUACCAGGUUCGAGUGGUCCAGUUCCAAUUUUCCCAAAUUCUUUAGGUCAUCCAGGCAUCUUAUUUAAAAUUUUAUUAUCAUUACUUCAACACUCUGGAGCAUUUAGAGAACAAAUUAUAGAAUCACUUGGUUUUCAAAUUAUUUCAUUCCUUUUAAAGAUCGAGCCUUCAUCAGCACCCUAUUGGACACCAGACGACAUUGAUUCAUUAGGAAGAUUGAUUUCUUUUUGUAGUGGUAAAUCUUUAUGGCAACUAGCAGUACAACAUUUAAUAAUGAAUAAUUUUCAAAUUUGGUCACAAACAAAUUCUUUAACCCAAAUUGCUCUAUUUGAAACAAUUCAUCAAAGAAUUCAAAUUAAUUCACACUUUUGGAGAAAUGUUAUUAAAAUUGAACAAUGGUUAUCAAUUUUAAGAAGAUAUUAUCAAAUCCCAAAUAUUAACGAAAACAAUAAUAAUAGUAUAAAUAAUAAUAAUAAUAAUAGUAAUAAAAACAUCAAAAUUAAUAAUAGUGGUACUUGGAUUCGAAACGAUUUGGUUAUUUUUAAAGAUUUACCAUCAAUUGAAAAAAUUAAAAAAGCUAGAGUUCAAAUUAUUGUAAUUAUUAGAGAAACCUGCCACCCAAUGUUAUCAAUUAAUGAAACCAAAUGGUUAUCGCUAUACUUGAAAGAGUCGACUAUAGAAAAUCAUGAUGAUAUUACCAGAAUGUUAGAGGAUAUUAUACCAGCACUUCAAAACAAAGAUACUUGGUGGGACGAUGUAUUGGCUUCUGCAAAUUUACAAGAUGAUAAUGUUUUAUUAAAAUCAAGAAAGGAUUUUCAAAUGACCCAAACAAAACUAGCACAGCAUUUGACCUAUCUUUGGGAUAUAGAUUGUUCAGACGAAAUAUUGAAAAGACAAGAAGAGUUAAAAAAUAACGAGAAAGCAUUGUUAAUUUUAUUUAAGCAAUGGGUAAAAAUUAGAAGAGUUAGGGCUGGUAAUUUAAAUGGUAUUAAAACUAGAAUAAAAGAUAGUAAUGCCAGUGACAAAGAAGAAAAACCAUCAAGCAAACCAAUUUUAUUAAAAUUAAAAGAAAAAGGUAUUAUAAAAGAACAACCAAUAACAAGUAGUUUAACAGUAGUUAAGCAAUCUUCAACCACAAAUUUAGUUAAAGAAAAACCUUUAUUCAAUAAUUCUGUAGAGUCUGUUGGUUUUUCAUUAUCAAAUAAUAGUUCAAGUGAAUCUGGUACACCAAAUACAAACAAUAUAAUAACAUCACCAAUAUUAUCACCAUCAACACCAGCUAUUACUCCAAUACCAUCUUUACCAUCUUCACCAGCUAUUACCCCAACCAUUACAACAACUGCCGUCACCACCACUACAACCACAACUACUUUAGCAACAAGUAGCACUAUAAAUGAUGAACCAGAAGAUACAACAAUUGUACAUUGGAAAUUAAAUAGAACAGAAGGUCCAUUACGUAUGAGAAGAAAAUUAAAAAGAAAUUAUUUAGGAUCAGAUUAUAAGGGAUUAUCAAAACAAAAUAGAUUUGGUAGAAGUAGACGUACCAUUUUAGAUAGAUUUUCAAAUGAUUUUGAAACUUAUUUCAUUGAUCAAGAUUGUGGUGAUGGAUUAGGUAAUAUCAUUGUAGUUUAUAUUGAAGAGCCACCAAUUCCAACACAAACAACAGCAUAUAAAGAGCGUGAAUUUUUAAAAGAAAUAUCAGUAUCAUCAUCAACCAUUUCACCACAUGCAAGUAGUUUGUUUUCAUCAUCAAGCUCAACACCUUUAAAAAACAGUAAUAGUAAUAGCAAUCUCAGCAACAAUAUAACUAGUGGAACAAAUACUAUUGGCUUAUCAUUUAUGUCACCAUCUCAGCAAGCUUCAAGUAGUUCGGCAAGUGUAGGUCCAUCAUUUAUGAAAUCACCAUCAAAAACAAACGUUAAAGAUAUCUUUAAUAAUGAUUCACCAUCACUUUCAAGUAAUAUCAAUAGCAAUAAUGCAUUGAAUAGUAAUCUUAAUAUCAUAUCAUCACCAGCAAAUUUAGUAAAUACAAACAAUAUUUUAAAUUAUAAUAACCAAUUAUCAAACUCAUCAUCACAAAUGUUAAUGGACAUUAUGAAUACCUCUGGCAACUCAAAUGAUAUAUCCGAAGUACCAGAAAAAUUCGUAGCACAAUAUAAAUGUCAAAUGGUAAUGCCAGUAGGUGUUGUUCCAGGUAUAUUUACAAUUACAACUCAUAUUUUAUCAUUUGAUAAAGAUAUUCAAACUGAUCCAAUCACAGGUAGACAAGUCCCAGAUCCAGAUUAUGGUUCAGUUAAAAUUAAAAAUACUUAUAUUUGGAAAUUAAAAGAUUUAGAAGAGAUUCACCGUAUUAGAUAUUUAUUACGUUGGAAUUCAAUCGAAAUAUUUUUAAACCACAAGAGCUAUAUGAUCACCUUCUCAAAGGAGUCCGAAUCGAUUUCAGUAUUUAACAAGAUUGUAAAUUUACAUCCACCAAAUCUCAAAGUUAAAUGGUCAGAUCAUCCAUCAAAGAUUAUUAAAAAAUCAAAAUUAACAGCUAAAUGGAAGAAUAGAGAGAUUUCAAAUUUCGAAUAUCUAAUGUCCUUGAAUACUAUUGCAGGUCGUACCUAUAAUGAUAUCUCACAAUAUCCAGUAUUUCCUCAAAUUAUUACCGAUUAUAAAUCAGAAUUCCUCGAUCUCAACAACCCAAAAUCAUUUAGAGAUUUAUCUAAACCAAUUGGUGCUCUCAAUCAACAACGUCUCGAAACAUUAAUUCAACGUUAUCAGUCACUUAAUGACCCACAAAUCCCUCCUUUCCUUUAUGGUUCGCACUAUAGCAAUUUUGGUAUUGUAGCAUAUUAUCAAGUUAGAUUAGAGCCAUUUACAUCCUUCCAUUUAUCAUUGCAAAGUGGUGUAUUUGAUCAUCCACAAAGAAUGUUUGAAUCAAUGGAAAAGAUGUGGGAUGGUGUUAUUAGUUCAAAUUUAGCCGAUGUCAAAGAAUUGAUUCCAGAGUUUUACUAUAUGCCAGAGUUUAUCAAUAAUAAUGAAGGUUUUAAUUUUGGUUUUACAAACUCAAAAUCUGGAGAUUUAAUAUUACCACCUUGGGCUCACAAUUCACCAGAAUUAUUUGUACAGAUCAAUAGAGAGGCAUUAGAAUCUGAAUACGUAUCAAUGAAUUUACACCAUUGGAUAGAUUUAAUUUUUGGGUAUAAACAAACUGGUCAAGCUGCCGAAGACUCUCAUAAUGUGUUCUUCCAUUUAACUUAUGAAAAUAAUGCUGCACUUCAAAGAGAUGACCCCGAAGAACGUCAAUCUAUUGCUAGCCAAAUUAAAGAGUUUGGUCAAACUCCACCACAACUAUUUACUAAACCUCAUCCAACUCGUAAAACUCUUCAAGAAAUUAAUAGACCCCACAGAGAUAUAUUUGCACGUCUUACAAAUCUUUUCCCAUCAUCGUCAUCCUCAUCAUCAUCUGCAACUUCACCAACCAUUACCUCACCAAAUAGCGAUGGAGUUAUUAAUUCAUUAUCAUCACCACAAGGUCCAUCAUUACAAUAUCCAUUUAAAGUAUUAAAAACUAAAAGCAGUUUACCAUUAGUAUAUAUUGGUAGUUGUUUAGAUAGUGAUAUCGUAGUAUUGGUAUAUAGGGAUGGAGUUAUGGCAGUUAAUCAGUUUGUACCAUCACCAUCAGGUAAUCUACCAUUUACAUUCGAUAUCGAUAAAACCUUAUCAACCUAUAAAGAAAAACAAAUCGAUACUUUAUUCAUGUCCGAUAGUGUUACAUGUAUUUCAAAUUGCUUUGCAAUUACACCAGAUGGAAAAUGGAUGUUUUCAUGUGCCACAUGGGAUAGCGUAUUUAAAUGUAGCAAUAUUCAAACAGGUAAAGUUCAUAGAUUAUAUCGUGAUUUCCAUAAUGAUAUGGUAACUUGCAUUUCAAUGGGUUCCAGCGGAAAAACUUUAGCAACAGCUUCAUCAGAUACAACCAUUUUAGUUUGGAAUGAUAUCGAUUGCUUAAUUCGUGACCCAAGAGCCAAACAAUCUUAUCGUUUAUGCAGUCACGACGAGGCAGUACUCUGUUUAGAUAUCAACGAAGAAUGGGAUCUCAUUGCAAGUGGCUCUUUAGAUAGAAAAUUAAUCCUUCACUCAUUACAUAAAGGUCAAUUCCAAAGAUCCAUGACCCAUAAUGGUGCGGUUGAAAUCGUUAAAAUCUGUACUGUAGGUCAAACCAUAAUUAGUUAUUGUUCAAAAUCAUUCCUCUAUGUUCAUUCUUUUAAUGGUAAACUAUUAAAAAUUGAACAAUGCGACGAAAAAAUUUACGAUAUCAAACUCACUGGCGAGUCAAUCAAGAAGGGUGGUGUUUUAGGUGUAGGCUCAUCAAAUCAAUAUUUAGUAACUGGUGGUUCCUGUGGUGUUAAAAUAAGACAAUUACCUCAUCUCAAUAUAGUUUAUAGCUUUGAAAGUCCAUCAGCCAUAAAAACUGUUGAAUUGGUUGCAAGAGAAAGAUUUUUAAUGAUUGGUUUAAACGAUGGUAGUUUAGUAAUUUUACCUUUUGAUGUAAAAGAAUUAUAA